ACUAUUUAAAAAGAGUGACAUAACUUGGCCUUCCGAACGCCACAGGCGUAACUUUUUAUAUUGCAUUUUUAUAUUGAUAUAUAAAAUGUUGAACAAUAAAUUGCUGCUAAAUCUAAAACAUAAAUGUGGGUGGUCAUAAAAUUAUUUCUUAAAUUCUACAUCGCUUUUUUGUCGAGUACUAAUGUGUGCACAGCUUUCAACGCAAUCAGAAUGAGAACUAUUUUUAUUAUAUUUACCCUCAUGAUCGUUGGUGUGACAUUCUCAUCCGCUAUAGGCAACAUACCUCUGCCUCCUCCGUUUCCAACCCCAGGUAAACCACCAAGAGCUGGAGUGGCACAUGUGGAGGAUCCUCUUGAAAAACGACAAUUCGGCAGUAGUCGAAUUGAUUUAAGAUCUGCGGCACAUACGUGUAAGAGUACGCAACUGAAAUAAAAAAUUAAAAUAAAAUAUUGUUAUUUAAUUGUUUAAUUCUAGUACAAUUUCAAGAGAGAACAUUCUAUAUUUUAAAUAAUAAUAAUAUUGAUAUUA